AUGUCAAAUCGUAGUCACAAGACCGAUGACUAUCCGAUACUGAGUCUUCCAUUUGACUCAAUGAGAUCGGAGUAUGAUGUCGUGGUUAUAGGAUCCGGUUAUGGAGCUGGCGUUGCAGCGAGUCGAAUGGCUCGAGCAGGAAAGACAGUUGCCAUACUUGAGCUCGGCUGGGAAAGAAGAUCCGGCUCAUUUCCGCACAGCCUGCCUCAAUGUCUCAUGGAUAUGAAUGUUUCGGGAAAAUCUUCAAAGAAUUCCUUCCUGUCAAACUGGGUGUCACCUGGAAAUCCUACACGGCUCUUUCAAUUAUUUCUAGGGAAUGGGCAACAUGCAUUCUCUGCUCAUGGGCUCGGAGGCUGCUCUUUGAUAAAUGCGGGAGUCUUUCUGGAAGCAGACGAAGACACUUUGACAAUGAGUCCGUGGCCAUCGGAGAUCAGAAAUGACCCUUCAGUGCUGGAUGAUUGUGAGCCUCCUGCUCUCCGCGAAAUGGUAAAAGUCUUACAACUAACCAAAGCAGACUAUUUGCGAGCUGAAACAAUGUUACAGCCUUCCACGUAUCCGGAAGAGUAUCCAAAUUUGCGCAAACUCGAGCAUUUGCAAGAAGAUUCAAAACGCCUGGGAACAGGGGAGAACUUCUAUAAAGCACCACUCACCACAUUCUUCUAUAGUGGCCAUAACAACGUCGGUGUACCAAUGCAAGCAAAUACAGGGUCAGGUCACGAGUCUACUGGCCUCAACGAUGGCUCGAAAAACUCGGUAGCAACAACAUAUCUUGCAGAUGCCUGGAAUUGGGGCGCUGAGAUAUUCUGUGGGUGUGAGGUCAGGUUUGUGGAGAAAGACCCGAACGAAAAUGGGUACAUUAUCCAUUUUGCGUGGCAUGGGAGUGGCAGAUCCGUUUUCAAAAAUUAUUUCAAAGAGCAGCUUUUUUGGGUAAAGGCAACGGAUUUCUGUUUUCUUGGAGCUGGCGCUCUGGGUACCACUGAGAUCCUGCUUAGGUCUAAGAAGUGCGGCUUGCAGAUGUCUCCGCUCGUUGGAAGAAAUCUUUCCGGUAAUGGUGAUAUGUUGCUAUUUGGGUACAAUGGGAAAACCGAUGUCAACGCAAUCGCUCGCAGAUUUUCACGCGAUAUUGAGGCACCAGGCCCGACUAUCACUGGAGUGAUCGACAACCGCCUUGUUGACCCCGUAGAUAGUCCUCUUUCCGGAUAUAUUAUCCAGGAUGGUUGUAUCCCUGAGCCGAUGAAUCCAGUGAUCCAGCUGUUAUUUACUCUGCAGACAGUCAAAGACCAAGCCAGGUCCUUUGUGUCAAAUCCUCGGGAGGGGACCAGAAGGACUUUUGCCAUAUUGAAGUCAUUUUUACUUGGCCCAUAUGCAAGUGGUGGAGCAUUGCAGCGAACCUCAACAUAUCUUGUGAUGUCCCAUGACAGUAAUGAGAUGACAUUGACCCUAGACAGUGAUCAACUAUGUUUGCAAGCUCCCUCGGAAGGUCGCUCUGAGAAUUUCAAGAAGAUCAAAAAAUUAUUGAGUAUUUUAUUCGGCUACACACAAGCAAGCAUGGGGUUUUCAUACUUCUACGGGCGCCACGAGGAGGAAAUUACUGUUCAUCCACUUGGAGGUGCCAAUAUGAGCAGUGAUGGUACAGGACUCGCGGGCGUAACUAACUAUCUGGGAGAGGUCUUCACUGGCAAAGGUAGCGAAGUACACAAAGGACUUGUGUGCUGCGAUGCCUCCAUCAUUCCAACGGCCUUGGGUGUGAACCCGCUCGCGACGAUAACCGCUCUUUCAGAACGUUCUGUCCAGUUUCUUGUGGAGAAUUCUGGACUUUCAAUUGAUCUUGCGACCCAGAACGGUGUCUUGAAUACCUAUAGCAAGCCUAGGGUCUCAAGCAAUCCACGAAAUCACAAGGAAAACAUGAGCAUCGAAUCGAACCCUAUCGGAUGGCAGUUUACAGAGACUCUAUAUGGACAUAUUUGCAUUGGAUCGAGAAAAAAAGACCCCGGGCGCUCUGACAGGUUCGGAAAGGGCUCAUCUUGUGCCAUGCGGAUAUUUCUCACGAUAGAAAUCUGCCGGCCCCAGAAAGGGUCAGGUUACGAAGGGAAAUGCACUGGAACAGCUUCUUGCUAUGCAUUAUCGACAAACACGCUAAAAAUCGUUGAUGGGAGCGUGAAAUUUUUCACGUCGAUAGAAGACAAGCCCGAGUCGUCGAGCAUCUCAUAUCAGUUGCAGCUCCUCUCAGUAGAAGGCAGGCAAUAUCAUUUGGAAGGCCGCAAGGUUAUCAACUCGAACAUAGCAUUCUCUGUCAGAAAGACUUGGGAAGCCACAACUACAGUCAACGUCAGCAUCCUUCGGUCGGAUGGGGCAAUAGUUGGAUCCGGGGCCCUUCAUAUUUCACUACUGGACUUUCAAAAGCAAAUUCAAACGUUCCGGCCGACCGUGUCUCUGACAGCUGGACUUUUCUGGGAUUUAAUGGUUUUUCUGCUCUCGUUCAUACUACACGUGAGCCUCUUCUUCUUCAAUCCCUUCGUUCCAUUGCGCUUCCCUCGCUCCUCAAGUGAGGACAAGACCCGUUCAAAACAAACCCUACCUUCAAAUUCAUUCAGAAUCAAAGCCAGAGAUGGUGUGCAGGCGCUUCUUGAGGUGUAUGACUCUCUUCCUUCCGAAGGGAAAGGAAUUUCGGAAGACAGCAUAACCCCGCCGCCAGUUCUGCUUCUUCCAGGUAUCACCGGGAGUGCGGUGCACAAUCUUUACGCGUUACCAUUCUUGCGUUGCAACAUGAUCGAUUAUCUCAGAGAGCGCGGACACCGUUGUUACGCACUUUCACCUCGCUGGAGUGCUGAUCCUUCCGUCGCUCAAAGAUCCACGGUUUUCGACUGCCGUCUUGACGUUGCCGCAGCGGUCGAUUUCAUCCGAGGCCGAGAGACCUUGAAGCCAUACGUGAUAGCCCACUGUCAAGGCUCCGUGGCCCUCGGCAUGGGACUCCUCGAUGGAACAAUAUUCAGCAGUGACCUCCUCGGUGUCACUGCAAACUCCGUCUUCAUCAAUAUGGUCUUCGGAUACUGGAACGCGAUCAAAGGACGGACCACUCUUCUGAUCCAACUAUACGAAUAUCUCGCGGGUAACUUUUUCCCUAUUUCCAGCAGUGCCGGAGAUGCUGUCUUUCAACGAUUACUCGAUGCCCUGCUUCGAUUCUAUCCCUUGGGAAAUAAACGAGACCGGUGCACAUCCACGGCGUGCCGUCGAACCUCUUUUGCCUUUGGAUUACUAUGGAACCAUGAGAACCUUGACGUAGGUAUUCAUGACAACGUUCAUCGGUUCUUCGAAGGGACCUACACUAAGAUGAUGAAGCAAGUGGUCCGCAUGGGAACAAAAGGAGGGUGUACCGAUAAUGAGUCACAUUGUCUUCUCACCGAAGAGAAUUUGCAGCGAUUACAAGGGCUACCAAUUCUUUUCGUUUCGGGAACGGAAAACCAAGUAUUCAACCCCGAAUCAACACUAAAGGACUAUGAGUUGUUGCGCCGACGGUUCGGGGAGAGGCACUAUCGCAGAUUCCUAGCCGAGGGGUACGGUCAUCUCGAUCCUAUUGUUGGAAAGAACGCUGCCGAGGAUGUCUAUUGGAGGAUAGUGACGCAUCUGAGAAGCUGUAGCGAGAAUGGGGAGGUGCUGAGACCUAAAACAGAAUCUCCGAACAUACAUAGCGUGUGA